AUGUUGGUGAAGAAGCUUGCAGGGAAAGGAGGGGGACGAGAACCUGCAUCAGAAGAUCCGCGCCCCUUGGGACAGCGUUGUGCUGGCACCAUGGCCUCAUGCGCAGCCCUGGCGACCUUCCUGUCAGUGGUUGCUGUGGUUUUUUGUUUGUAUCUUGGGGUGAAAACCAACGACCUCCAGGCGAGGAUUGCAGCUCUUGAAUCUGCUAAAGGGAUCCCUUCUUUUCGUCCUCUGCCUGACACCCUGGAUGAGCUGAAGGCUGUGGUUCAGGAGAAAGUGGAGCGUCUCUUGGCUCAGAGAUCCUAUGAACACAUGGCUAAAAUAAGAAUCGCAAGAGAGGCACCUUCAGAGUGCAACUGCCCAGCAGGUCCUCCAGGGAAGCGAGGAAAGAGAGGUCGAAGAGGAGAGUCUGGUCCUCCUGGUCAGCCUGGCCCCCAGGGUCCUCCUGGUCCAAAAGGUGAUAAGGGAGAACAAGGUGAUCAGGGACCUCGGAUGGUGUUUCCUAAAAUCAAUCAUGGCUUUCUCUCUGCUGAUCAGCAGCUCAUUAAACGCCGGCUGAUUAAGGGUGACCAAGGACAGGCAGGGCCUCCAGGACCCCCAGGCCCUCCUGGUCCACGAGGCCCACCAGGGGACACAGGGAAGGAUGGCCCCCGAGGAAUGCCAGGAGUGCCCGGUGAACCAGGGAAGCCAGGAGAACAAGGUUUGAUGGGACCUCUGGGGCCUCCGGGACAAAAGGGUUCCAUCGGAGCACCUGGAACCCCAGGCAUGAAUGGGCAAAAGGGCGAGCCUGGGUCACCUGGAGAAGAGGGGCACAGUGGACUGCCAGGACCAAAGGGAGAACCUGGAAAAGAAGGAGAAAAGGGAGAUGCUGGAGAGAAUGGCCCCAAAGGCGAUGCAGGUGAAAAGGGUGACCCUGGAUCGUCUGCUGCAGGAAUUAAGGGAGAACCUGGGGAAUCUGGCCGUCCAGGACAAAAGGGUGAGCCAGGGCUGCCUGGACUACCUGGACUCCCGGGGAUCAAGGGAGAACCAGGCUUCAUUGGUCCUCAAGGAGAGCCAGGGUUACCAGGGUUACCAGGAACAAAAGGUGAACGUGGAGAGGCAGGGCCUCCUGGAAGAGGCGAACGAGGGGAUCCUGGAGCCCCAGGACCAAAGGGGAAACAAGGUGAAUCAGGAGCUAGAGGCCCAAAGGGGUCAAAGGGUGAUCGUGGAGACAAAGGGGACUCUGGAGCUCUGGGACCACGGGGUCCACCCGGACAAAAGGGAGACCCAGGAGCUACUGAGAUCAUAGACUACAAUGGCAACCUCCACGAGGCCUUACAGAGGAUUACUACCUUAACUGUCACGGGCCCCCCUGGACCUCCUGGACCUCAAGGACUGCAAGGGCCAAAGGGUGAGCAAGGAUCUCCCGGAAUUCCUGGAGUUGAUGGAGAACAGGGACUCAAAGGCUCAAAGGGUGAUGUAGGGGACCCAGGUAUGCCAGGUGAAAAAGGAGGAAUUGGACUCCCUGGAUUGCCGGGUGCCAAUGGAGUGAAAGGGGAAAAAGGAGACUCUGGGUUGCCGGGUCCUCAGGGUCCUUCUAUCAUAGGCCCACCAGGCCCUCCGGGUCCCCAUGGCCCACCUGGCCCCAUGGGACCCCAUGGACUUCCUGGACCAAAGGGAGCAUCUGGCUUAGACGGAAAGCCAGGAUCCCGGGGUGCAGACGGUCCUAUGGGACCCCACGGCCCUGCAGGUCCCAAAGGAGAAAGAGGAGAGAAAGGAGCUGUGGGAGAGCCUGGACCCAGAGGGCCCUAUGGGCUGCCUGGCAAGGAUGGAGAGCCUGGUCUUGAUGGCUUCCCUGGUCCUCGAGGCGAGAAGGGUGACCUGGGAGAAAAGGGAGAAAAGGGAUUCCGUGGCGUUAAGGGGGAAAAGGGGGAGCCAGGCCAGCCUGGCCUGGAUGGGCUGGAUGCCCCUUGCCAAUUGGGACCUGAUGGAUUACCCAUGCCUGGCUGCUGGCAAAAGUGACGAAUCUAACCUUCCAAGCAUGAAGCUGUGUAUAUAAUGGUCCACCUUUUGUAUUUAUAGUUGAAAAACCCGAAUUGCAGAUUUUGCAAGUGUGGAAUCUGCUCACUGGCGCUCC